AUGUUGUCGUUGCUUCGUACAGCGCCGGGGCGCGCUCCCUCUUUCAGACAAUGCCUGGCCUCUGGAGUACGGCAGUACGCACGCGUCGCGGAUACUGCCAGUCAAGCUGCCUCAAGCGAAGACAACGCCCUCACCAUCGCGCCUCCGGGCGGUCUCCCGGACGAUUCCACAACUGCCAUUAGUGCAAUCCCCCGACGAGCAAUAAAGAAGUAUCAGGUCGAUGUCAAGCCAGACCACGGACUAUACGGCUUCUUUAGGAAAGUGGAGGAUGAUCUCGGGGAGAAUGUCACCUACCGCACUGUUGAGCCUCCGGAGGGCGAAGCGCUGUUUCCCAGCGGCCGUGCAUGGAAGGCGUCUGAGCUGAGGCUGAAGAGUUUCCAAGACCUGCACACGCUAUGGUACAUUGUUCUACGAGAACGAAACUUGCUCGCGACGCAGAAGGAAGAGGCACGAAGAAUGGGUAUUCAGAAUCCGUCUGCUUGGGGUUCAACGAAAAAAGCUACUCUGUGCAGGAAAACUAUGGCUCGUAUCAAGUAUGUAUUGAACGAACGGCGGUUAGCCUACGAAGGAGCAAUCAAACUUGUGGAAGCAGAGGUUGAAGAAGUUUCCGCUCUCAAGGAGGACGAAAAAGUGCUCAAGCAUCAACUGCAAGAAUGGCGAAAGGGUCGAUCGUUGCGCAAGGCAGCUAGGCGACAAAGCAGGCGGGCACCGGAUUCACUUGUCUCUGCCCCAGUCGAAGACGCGACUACUGCACCUUCAUCCGAGCUUCCUAUAGAGACCUCUGCAGAGACCUCGUCUACGACGACAGAGCCAACGAUCGAAGCUGAGGCGCCACCGUCAGCGCUUUCUGAGACGCCAGUCGAACAAUCCAACGCCGUCGAUAUCACAGUCGAAGAUUCUCCUGCCGUUUUGGCUACAGAAAAGGCGAAAACUCGCUCCGAACGUCGGGCGGAGAGGCGAAAGAAGGAAACGGAGGUACUCCUUGCCAAAGAAGCCCCGGAGGGGAUUGACGCAGUGGAGUCUUCGCUCUUUGGGGGUCCAUCCAGUGGGAAGAAGAGGUCGUGA